UUAUUUUAUUGAAUUAUUUUGUGAAUUAUAAGAUUUGAAUUGUUUACUUUUUUAUUUAUAUUCUUACUGUUGCCAGUUAAAUUGAAUUGCAUUGAAUUGUCAUAAACUGCAUUACCGUAAUAUUAUAAAUAUAUCAUUGUUAAGUAAACCCUUUUUAGUACGAAAAAUGAAUUGUCAAAUUGUUGUAAUUAUUAGCUGAAUUGCCAUUUUGUAUAAAUCUUAAGCUUCCUUUAUUGUAAUCGCGAAAAUAAAACUUCACUUGUAAUUCAUCAGUCGUUGUGAAAACAUUAAAAUAUCUCUCCCGCUCUUUAAUCUCUCAGUGCUGUGAACAAAAUAAAAUAAAAUAAAAUACAAAAAAAAACCAACUCCACUUCAUUUACUUUGAUUUGGCCCGGCAGAACAAAAGAUUGAUCCACUUGUUUUCCCCCCGCUCUUCCAAUCUAUAGAAGUUUGCUCAAGUUAUUUCAUGGUCCAAUCGAGCCUCUCAGUAUAUUGAAAAAUAACCAGCAAAAUACCAACAAAUUUUCCUACAAAGAUCACCGCAAGAAUGAGGUAAAUUACAUGCUCAUCAGUUUUAAAAAGCCGGACAAAAAAACCAACCGAAGACUUACCGCUACACGGCCAAGCGAAGACAGCAGCACUACCACUCGGCCAAGAGAAGCCCCCAAUAAUGACGACUACCACAGCACCACCACUUGGUCAGGAGAACGUCGCAGCCAAAGCAGCAGUCAUCACCACAGAGGCGUAACCUCACGGCAAAGUGAAGGCCACAAUAGGCAGCGAAGCCGUCACCACACUACCCAGCACAACACCCGAAGGGAUCCGGCAUUGUACCAGUGCAAACUUUGUAUGAGGUUCCAUGCCAUACGGUUUUGCCCAAAAUUCCUGAACAUGACAGUCAUCCGGAGGAUUGAGGUGGUAACUAGACACAAAUACUGUGUCAACUGUUUGGCCAAAAGCCAUAUUGUUCGGGACUGUACCUCAAUGGCAAGCUGCCGCAGAUGCCACCGGUUUCAUCAUACGAUGUUACACCCACCAAAGCUUCGUAUUACCGUCGGCAACCAAACGAGCCAGCAACGUCAUCAACGGCCCAAGCCGCACAGACGCACCCUACUAUCAACGAUUCAAAGACCUCAACAGAAUCAACCACCAAACACAUCAACCGCUCAAACACCAGACCCACAAACAACUCAACCAACAACUUCCGCCAACAUAAAUCAAAAUAUAAUCAUCGAAGCCAUUAAAUCCUUAGCAGAAGUACUCUGCUCCACCAACAAGGGGCCAUCUGUUGCCUAAGGGCAAGGCCGGCGGCAUGUCCAAUCUUGGACACAAUAUUUUUUUUUAUAUUAUUAUUAUUUUUUUAUUGAAUUAUUUUAUUGAAUUAUUUUGUGAAUUAUAAGAUUUGAAUUGUUUACUUUUUUAUUUAUAUUCUUACUGUUGCCAGUUAAAUUGAAUUGCAUUGAAUUGUCAUAAACUGCAUUACCGUAAUAUUAUAAAUAUAUCAUUGUUAAGUAAACCCUUUUUAGUACGAAAAAUGAAUUGUCAAAUUGUUGUAAUUAUUAGCUGAAUUGCCAUUUUGUAUAAAUCUUAAGCUUCCUUUAUUGUAAUCGCGAAAAUAAAACUUCACUUGUAAUUCAUCAGUCGUUGUGAAAACAUUAAAAUAUCUCUCCCGCUCUUUAAUCUCUCAGUGCUGUGAACAAAAUAAAAUAAAAUAAAAUACAAAAAAAAACCAACUCCACUUCAUUUACUUUGAUUUGGCCCGGCAGAACAAAAGGUGAGUUUCCUCAUUCCCCAAAACCCUUACUCUCUUAUUAAAAGGAAAAGAAAUAUUUUAUUAAUCCCCGCUUAUUUCUCUUUUCUUUUUUUUACGGCACGCAUAUAAUUAUAAUUACUCGGACGAGAGUAAUUAUAAUUAAUUCAAACUUCUUUUAGAUUGAUCCACUUGU